GGGAAAUUGGAAAGAAACGUGUGUCAUAGUUGGACAAGUUCGAACAUUUGUUUCGGUGGGAUUCGCUUUGAAAAUUCACCGCGCAAUUGGAAGAACACAGUUUUAAAUAAUAAUACUGCAGAUUGAAAAUGAUUUUAUUGGAAAAUUAAUCGAGGACCCGCAGGAAUAAGAUUUUAAUUAAUAUUAGAGGGCUGUUUGACUUUGUCGAGCAAAGGAAUCGGCAGAUCGAAAAGAAACGUGAUAAUCUGAACAGUUUCAAAAUUCAUUCAAUCGGAAAGUAUUGGUCAUAGAUCUUUAAAAAGAUGUUGUCGCUCAAAUUAAUUCGACUCCUUAAAAUUACAAGUGAAAGUUACUUUUAACAAGAUAACGGAAUAAAUAAAUCUUCGUAUUACCAUCGAUGUGAAUUCAUCCUAAUUCCAGCAACUUUAUUCAAACGAAUUUGUCCAAAGUUUAUCGUCAAUCAAUAAUUCUGCACAAUGUCUAUAUACGUCAAUUAAUAAAUCAUUUAGUUGGUACAUAGCUGAAAUCGUACGAUGUAUAGUUUAUAUAGAGCUUGGUUCGGUGACAGCGUUACGCCAGACAAUUAUUCAAGACUUCAAGAAACUUUAUCGCCACCUGACACAGUGGUCAGAGUGGGAAACGAAGGAGAGCAUCAGUUCGUCGCUCACAAAGGUGUUCUGGCCGCUCAUAGCGGAUAUCUAAAAGCUUUGCUAACUAGCGCACCGACGACACCUAAUCAAGGUGUUAACACGAAUAUUACAUCUUGUGCUAACUUGCCAACCACUGCAAUCGCGGUAACUACUACCAAUUUGUCGGGACCAUCACAACGACAGCCUGUCACGUCUGUCUCGGUUUCGUCCAUUGGUGGAGAAGCAUUCGCGCCAUUAUUGAACUACAUGUAUACGGGUAGGUUGGAGGUAACAUUGGAUAACGUGUACAGCGUGCUAUUAGCCACGCAUUUGCUGCACAUGCCAGGGGCACUGGAGCAAUGCAGGGCUGCUUUACUAAGGCUGAGGGCACCGCCGCCUUUGCCAACACCGAUACCGGUACCAGCAGGCCCAACGUCGACGUUAACGUCGACCUCCAUAUCCACGUCGACGCCAGGUUCGGGAAAUAUACUCAGACCUAUACCAAACAGGCUGAUGAUAGAUCCAAGCAUAUGCUGGCCACCGACAGCGCCUCUUUAUCCACCAACAGCACCUGUACCCUCGUCUAUCGGUAUUCCACAUUUACCUCAACUGCAACCGUCGGUGCUAAUGCAAUCGACCGUUCCACUCGGCGUUUCCGUCGCUCCGACCUCCAGUGUUCAAGAAACGCACAGCUCGACGGCUUAUAGAGAAGUUUUAUCGCCAAAAUCAUCAGUCUUCAAAAUCGAACGAAAUCGGGGCCUACGAGUGGACUGUAGACCAAAAUCACCAGAGAACGUGUCCUCCAAUUCUCUGCCCUUUGUGGCAGCAGCAGCAGCUGCAUUUACCACUUUCACCACUUCUAACGUUGCCACAUCGACACGAACGUCGUCGCCUUGUCAAUCGAUUUCACCUACGCCGUCCUCCGCUUCUCAAUCCUCGGUACCACCGUGUCAAAACAAAAAGACAACGGAACAGCAGCGUCAAUCCACAGAAGAACACCGUUACGAACAUCCAAAUUCGAGCAACAACGAACAACAACAUCGAUCUCCACCUCUGACACCUGUAGAAGACACAGCAAUACCUCGAAACGGUGACAAGAACAUCGAAUCCACGUCGAUCAGCGAGGACGAUCGAGGAAGAUCUAGACGAAGAGGACGCGGUUCCAAUAGAGCAAACGAUAAUUCUACGGGUGUUUUGUCAGUGGUUUACGACGUGGCUUGUUGCGAUGGUCCAGUCAAGUUCCAUCGAGUGUUGAAUGAAAAUUACUCGUCAACAGCCUCGUGUGGGUCUAGUUCUGUACUACAACCGCGUUUACAGAGGCCGUGUUUUGAACCAGAAAACGCCUCUGGUGAAAAUGACGAAAACGGAGGACCACCGGCUGUUAGAACUCCUUGCGACCAAAUCGAGUCUGCAAUGGAUACGGGCAACAGCAGCGGGAGCUACACUUGCCGAUACUGUAGGCACACUUUCAAGUCGCAGUAUUGUUACAGAAAACAUACCAAGAGGCAUUUGUUGCCGACAAGAGCAAACGAUCCGACUGGAAAUAGACAGAGGCAGGAUACAGAGGCUCGAAAUAGAAGAGAAGUUCGAUUGUUGGAUUUAAAUGUUCAGUAUUAUCCGUGUAAGAUCUGUGGAUGCAAAUUCCCGAGCUAUUAUUUUGUACAUAAACACAGGAAAUUGUGCCAUGCGAAUACGGAGGAGAGAACGCAGUCCGACGAAGCUAAUAGCACAGCUACCGAGGAUCAAGAAUCGACUACUUCAACGACGAAUAACGAUAGACAAUGAAAUUGAACUGCUAUUUAUGGUUUGUUGAUGUUAAAUGAGUGAAAAUCGAAGCGAAGAUAAUUUCAAUAAAUCCAUAGUUGAUUAAAAACACUUACCUAUUUCAAUAAAAAACAGGAUGUUCGUGUCUUGUAGAAAUAAAUUAGAUAUAGUGGAAACGUUAAGCGAAAAUAAAUGAAGAUAAAUAAUUUUAACAUAUCACAAAUUGCUUAAGCGGACUGGUCAAAUAACAUAGAAUAAAUUACUUGCGUUUCGUAGAAGUAACUUGAAUUAAGUAAAGAUCAAAUUAGAUGAAUACAGUUAGAUAUUGUUAAUAUAUUAGCAAUUGACAUUUCGUCAAAUAGGAAACUAGAUUCUUUCUGUUUUAUAGUAGUAAAUUGAAAAUAAUGUUAAAAUAAUGUAAUGGAAAUAAAGUAAAUAAAGGAAAAACAUAAAGAUAGGUGAUAUUAAUGAUAGUCGACGUUCCAUUAAAUAUUAAAAUGUAAAAGUAUACCAAUUAUAAUGAUAAUAAUAAAAUAUAAUUGAAGUAAAUAUCGAUGAUUACAUAUAAAAUAAAUUUUCUAUCAAUCGAUAUUCAUGUGUCAAACUAUCUAGUUUGAAAAUUAUCUGUUGAUGUGUUAAAUUGUAUUAACAUAUAUUAUAAGCACUAGUUACAUUAUAAUGUACUACAUGUAUGUAAUUAUAAUAUGAAAAAUAAUAAUAUGUGAAAGAGAAGACAAUUGACCAGUACUGAAAUUUCAAUAAUUUUGAUCCAUGAAUUACAUUGAAAUUAUGAUUAGAAAAACAACGACAUACUAUAAAAUUUAAAUAAUGAAAGUAUUAUUAAUUAUUAUACUAAUAUUGACAUUAGAUGACAGUAUGGUUCAAAUCUGUACAAUCCAACAAAAACUAACUUCCUACAUUAAUUAAUUAAUUACUUAAUAAAAAUGAUCAAAUAUUAAAAAAUUAAAAUACACAUAUAAUAUGCAUAAAACUCUUUAAUAUAGAGAUUAAAGUUCUUUUAAACAAUUAUUGCAUUCAUUCUACUUGAGUUUAUUAACAAUUCUGUCUUUAUCGUCAUUACCUCCUUCAAAUUUUUAAUCGUUCCAUUCGACAAAAUUUCAACCCUCUUAUUGCGUCCGAGCUUAUAAGAUCCUACCGUGUUUUUAGAUUAAUAUAAU